AGGAAAAACCUUAUUACUUGUUUGAGAUUCUCAAUUCAAUUCUCUGAGAUUCUUAAAUUCAAUUCUCUGAGAUUUUGCCCUUUUCAUAAUAAUGGAGUCUACGCCUCCUUAUCACCGAUCCAACACUAAAUCAGCUUCGCGUCUCCAAGAUUCUUCGAAUCCUCCAAAUCUCUCUCUUGAUUUGGUUCUGUCGUCUCCCAAUACUCCAAACCCAUCAUCACCUGUUCCUCUUCGCGAUAUCCUCCUCUUACCUCCUUCUCCACUUCGAAAAUCGAGGACCCGUUUAUCCGAUCGACUCGAAAUGACUUCUGAAGAUGCUAUGGCGGUGGUUCGGAAACGGGGCAAAGGGAAAGGAGGGCAAAAGAGUCUUUUAGCAUCUCCGAGGAAUCCCCGGAGAUCGAGGCGAAGAUCUGAAGCUGUGGAAGAGAAAGAAGCUAAUUUGGUUAUCGAAGAAAUCGUAAAGCUUCCUCCUAGAAAGCGGAAGACUAAUGGUCGACCUAAGAAGGAUAAGCAAAGUUCAGCUCCUCCUCUUUGUUCUUCCUCAGAUCUUCCAAAUACAUGUCAGAGCGAUUUGAAUCUGAUUGGAGAGAUUAUAAGUGAUUUGGUAAUGUGGAGAGAUGUUGCGAAAUCGACUCUCUGGUUUGGUUUUGGAUGUUUGUCUUUCCUAUCUUCUUGCUUUGCCAAAGGAGUCAACUUUAGCGUUUUCUCGGCGGUUUCCAAUCUCGGACUUGUGUUACUUUGCGGGUCCUUCUUGUCAAACACUCUUUGUCAAAGGAAAAAUGAAGACACAAAGAGAGCGUUCCAUGUGAGUGAAGAUGAUGUCUUGCGCUCAGCUAGACGAGUGCUUCCUGCAACCAACUUUUUUAUCUCGAAGACUAGUGAGCUUUUUUCAGGAGAACCAUCAAUGACACUCAAAGUGACACCAUUUCUGCUACUUGGAGCUGAGUAUGGUCAUCUCAUAACACUGUGGAGGCUAUCUGCAUUUGGUUUCUUCCUCAGUUUCACCAUCCCAAAGCUGUAUUCAUGUUACACGCAUCAGAUUAGCCAAAAAGGUGAAGAAUAAUGAAUUGCACCCAUUCACAUAUUGUCAAUUGUGUUAGAAUCAAUAGUCAAGUGUUUGUAGAUGUCUUUAACUGGUCCAAUGGUUUAAAUUCUUGAACUGGUUUGAGUUUCAUUUGUGCAGUUGAAAGAGUGAAAACGAGAAUAGGUGAAGCAUGGGGAGUCUGCUCACACAAGAAGAUCUUGGCUGGCUCUGCGGUGACAGCGUUUUGGAACUUGACGAGCAUAAGAACCCGAAUAUUUGCAGUUUUUAUCAUCCUGGUGAUAUUUCGGUAUAGGAGACAAAAUCUACAGCUAACUCCCGAGGAAGUUGAGCCUGUUGAGAAUGAGCAAGAAGAAGAAACACUCCCGCAGGAAGAAGAAACAGUUCCACAAGAAGAAGAAACAGUUCCACAAGAAGAAGAACAGACACAGCCAUCAGAAGAGCGAGCUUUAGUGGUGGUGGUUGCAGAAACUUAAGGAUCAAAGAAACUGUAGUGUUUGUACUUUGUAUCAAUCCACAUUCAACAGAGAUGUAAUUCUAUAUCUCGAAAGGAUCUGUUUUUUUAAUAUGAAAAAUUAAUGACAAAGAGAUCCUUUAACAAAGCUGCCCAUUCAAGUCGUGAAUCUUU